AUGUCACGGGGGUGACCUCGGCAGCCUGGCCGUGAUCAUGGAAAAAAAUUUGGCACUUUUUGAACUCCAAUCGCCCCGAAACUAAUCUUUGACCUUCUUACACGUACUAGGACCUGAAAUAUACCAAAAAUAGCACAACCUAUUAAGUGGAAACCGUUGCAAUUAACCCUCAUUUGUGCGCUCAUAGGUUGUUCUCUCUAGCAAGUACAUCUUCUAGUAUGGAACUUCUCGAGAGCGGUGAGAGAUGAGUACUUCAACUCCAAAGACCUUUUUAAUGAUUAUUUUGGUUUUUGGGGUUCUUCGCAAACAAGGCAGACACUUGGUAAUUAUCUGGUUACUAGGUUUAAUUGAUUAGUUUGUUCCAAAAAUGGAAAAGGGUUGUGGUGAUGUGACGAGAGAAGAGGAAGGAGUAGUAGAAGAUGAGUGAGGGAGAAGGGGUAAUUAUUCAAAAAUGGUUACAAAGUUUAACAUUUGUGCAAAAUGAUAGCUUAACAAUUUAUGUUUGGUACCCGUUGUUAAGUAUGUGAAAGGAAAUUGUGAUUAUGAAACCAUAAUAAAAUUUAUAUGAUUUAGUUGCAACUAAAAUUCGACUUGUGUGAUUUAAUUAUAGUAAAAAUAAAUUAGAUGGUUAGUCUACAAUACCACCCUAUACUUAAGUGGCACACCGUGCAUCGAACCCUCGUAUGGAUGAUCACAAUGGUUGAAUAUGUGGUGGGGUGGAUUAAUUUGGAUUCUCAUGUACACUUAAUUAAUAACAAGGCAAUCUAAAAGGAUGGAGGCGUUUCAUUGCGUGUAAUUGAGUCAUUAUUGUCCUUUAACUAAACAAUUUGAUCGAUUGUGUGAUGACGCCAAACCAAGGUUUGUUUUUAUUCGAUUUUCUCGUCCAACCCAUUUAUUAACUAUGGUUGUACCUAAGUUGAAAAUCAGGUUGUUGCAAAUCACACCAGGUAAAGAAAAAACUUUGAUCCUCUCGUUUUUGUUGAUCUAUUUCAACAAUCAAAAAUAGGUUCGUCAAGAAACUCAAUUCAUUUCAGGUUUUUUUAUCUUGCCUUAGGGAGAAAGAGGAAGGGGAAUGGCAGGAGCGAUAAACAAGUUCUUUGUUACCUCAAUGUUCAUGUGGAUGGCUCCGAUUGGGGUCCUUUUCGCCUUUAACCACGAUUGGCUUCCCGGUUUGAGUCAAUUAUCACCACACACUCUAACAUUGUUGAGCGGAUUGGUAGCUGUCGUGUCAGUCAAUAUAGUUAUGGGAUUCUAUAUCUAUAUUGCAAUGAAGGAACCCGUAGACAAACAUGAACCACACCCUGGAUUUGUUGCCGAGGCCAGAGCUAGCCUCAACAAACUUAAUAAAGGUAAAGAAGCUUCAAUGGUAUCCAAGAAAGAUUAGCAGAUAGAUAUUUAGCACUCUAGCUAACUAAAACAAUAUUGGGUAUUGUUGAAUGUUCCUUUUAAUGGUAUAGUCAGUUUUGAGCUGUGUUAUCUAUGUAUCUAUGUAGUGCUCCACAAUGACACACAAUUUGUUGUAACUUAUCUUUUAUCUCACUACUUAUCAUUUAUUUGAGAACUAUAUCGACAAAUGAUAAUCUUGACAGAGCAUAAUUAUUUUAUGGUCUAGGAUGCACAUAGACAUAUCCAAGCCUUCAUUGAGUUUAUUGACAGGAUCUAGGUUGUUGAGGUGCCUCAAUAAGAUAUGCGUUUGAGGUUGUUCCCAUUUUCUUUGAGUGGAAUACCCAAGAGAUGGUUGACAAAACAGCAACCCUACUCCAUUUUGUCUUGUAAGGACCUUUAUUAGAAGUUCUUAAACUAAUAUUCCCACCUUCGAAGAUGGCCCAAAUAAGCAUUGAGAUUUCCAACUUGAUUUAGGAAGAUGAGAACCUUUAUUCGAAGCUUAAGAUCUCUACAAUUCCCUCCUCCUAAAUAUCAUCAUCAAUGGUUUCCAAGAUUCAGAACUCGUAGGAUCACCGAAAGAUAUGAAACUUGCUCCAUUAUAUGCAUAAAUUCUAUCCAACUUGUAGAUGUCACUCACAAACCUGUAUGAGUUGGUAAGAGUGUGUUGCAAACAUUCAUGACAUGAGAUCAAUGAAUUUUGAUUCCAUGAAACUUUCUACAAGUACAUUUUCCAACGCGCUCAUUAUUGUUGAAUUUCACCUCUAGCACAUUCCUAUAUGUCCUUGCACGGUUGUUAGGUGGAGUCUUGAUCUCGCACUUCCCUUCAUAUUGAUUAUACACAUUCAGAUUAUGUCCAAUUUUCUUAUCCGACCAUUCUUCAUGAACUCUUCACAUUUUUUUAGUGAGACUUGUCGGCUCUAAUUUGUGUUUCAAUCUCUAACCGUGGUCAUCAAAAUUCUUCAAUACUCGUUAAAAGGUGCGUUGAACUAACUAUGACAAUGAUAGGCAAUGCACGAAUUCCUUUGAAAACCCCAUUAAUGCUCUCACCAUAUUUGAUAUCCUAAGGAUCAGCAACGUCCUCCCUCGACAUUAUCAUGUGCAAUGCUCCAAAAAUCUGAUGCUUCUCAGCCCACUUGCUACAUUAUAUUCCUCUUUCAUCCGCCAUUUUCACAAAUUUACUACAUUGAUGAUUGAAAUUCAGAAUACAUUUUCCUGAACCUUUCGUCGAACAAAGUCAAAUUAAUUGCCAAUAAUAGAACACAUUUUGUUGGCAUAAUGUCGCAUACACCACUUUCAUACCCAACCUAUUCCAAUAUCUCUAAGUGUUUCACUUAGCCCCGCAUGUCGGUCAGAUAUGAUACAUAUGUCAUUGUGGUCACUCAAGCUCUAAAGAUGUCUGAUGAACCAUGACCAACUAUGAUUGUUCUCGCUCUCCAUUAACGUAAUCAGAAAUAUUUUUUGUUUACCAUAAAAGAAGUUUGCAAUGAGAACCGUGUCAUUUAUAUUUGCCAAUGAGAAAUGGUCCGUCAACGAGGAUGAAUCCUAGAAAAAUCUUGAAGCCUUGUAUGCAAGGUCCAAAUUCUCAAAACACUCGUUGAAAGAUCUUGCGGCCUGGCAUAACAUACCAUGCCUUUUGUAACAAAUAUUAAUUUGUACCUAUCUUUACACUCGUCUUGCAAAACUUUGGCAUGUAUUGAUCACGUUGUAGUACGUAGCCAAAGUUUCUGGUCUAAAAGCCAUGUUCGUAUUUCCCUAGGAUCUCUCACAAGUCACAACCACUUACUAAUGUGGUGAGGGACGAGUUCUAUGAUUUUAAAGGCGACGGUGGAGGUUGAGGUGCAUCCAGGAGGAGGGGGGGGGGGGGCGAAGUUCCUCUUGGUUUUAUAAAAUCGAAAAGGAAAC